GGUUCUUUGCUUUUAACAACUCCAGAUCGAACGAAAUUCGGUCGAGCGGAUCCGUUUUUGAAUUUAUUUUGCGAAUGUAAAUCGCAUUUGCAUAAAUAUUUUCAAUGCAAUUAGUUUGUUCAACGUGAGUGAAAAGCGGAAUACAGUUAUGAAUACUCGACGCAGCCGGUUGUCUCUCGUUCGGCGAUCAGAGUCUCCCAUGUCUCCAAUCGGCGAUCGUACUCGUUCGUCGACCAGCGAGCUAGAUAUAACAAGUUCAGGCUGCAGUACUCCUUUGAACACUCGCAAACGUAGCAGUUCCUUCAAACGAGAUUCACCGAUAUUCAAUGGUAAUGAUCAAUCCCCAAUGCCAAUGUCACAAGAUGCAAGUAAUGUCGUCACUGGUGUUUCUUGGGCUUGGAAUAGUCCUGAACGCGCUGUUGUACCUGACCACAGACUACGUUCAAAGCCGUUGACCAGUAGAAAUGUCAUUUCCAACAAAGAUCCGGAUUUCUCCAGGUCAAACAGAAAAAAGAUCACCAGAAAGCUAACAGGAUUUCAUAGAUUCCAAACGGAGCUCAAACUUUUACAAGAACGGGAUGAGACGUUGGAAACUGUGAAAACCCCAAGCAGCUCAUCAAUGGAAGUUGUGCCACCUACGUCACCUCCACCGUCUCCCGACAAAGGUAAUUUGUUUGAAGUGUAUCAACACAAGGUUACAAACGCGGAUCCUCCAUCGGAAAAGAAAGCGUUAUUUUUUAAACCGAACCCUACUUCAGUAGCAUCUGAUUCAUUCAACGAUUCGGAAUUAGACAAUUUGUUACUGAAAGCAAGCCAGGCUGUUGAAAAGCAACCAAGUGUACGUACUGCAGCGACCAAUCAAGCGGUGACAGCAUCGGAGAAACCUGAGAAACGACGAAGCUUUUUCAAAAGCAAAACUGCCGAUAACUUCGAUGGAAACAGUGAUGACUCACUUGCGGAUGCCGAGCUUGAAUUACUACUCGCACAGAUACACCCACAAAUUGGUCAGCCUGUUGAAAUCGCAGGGGAAGUUACACAGAACAAUAGUGCUAUAACAGAGAGCUCCAAAGCGAAAGGGUUACUGACACGCCACAAAUCUAUGCCAGAAUCUCCAAGUCGCAGGAUAAUCGAAAGCCGAAGCAGUAACAUUGAAUAUGUGAAGGACAAAGUUCCUCAAAGUUCAAUAACUGUGUCCAGUACGUCGAGUGGAUCCGUAAUCUGUAUUUCAACAAAACAUGAAGCGGUAGUCAUUCCUUCAUCCAACGGCUCUACAACGACAUCUAACCCAUCCAGCACAAAGCAACAGCCAGUUACAGUAUGUUCUAAGGAAGAAAUAGAGCAGAAACGUCAGGAGGCACUUAAACGUCAAGCUUGUCGUUUGAAACGUCUUAUGCAAGGAAAUCAUUCACAGCACGCUGUCAAGUUCACUAAAUCCAGAAAGUGAUGGUGAUGUGAAUCCUAGAUUAUGUUUUAUUACUGUUGAAGUUAUUUACUUUUAAACAUCGGACUGAAUAGAGAUCCUUUAAGCCAUAACA